AAUGAGCCCGAAUGCACACCGGAGCUGCCGGCGGCCAACCGCGCACUAUUUCUGGAGAAGGUGCGCCAAUCGAACGCCGCCUGCCAGAGUGGCGACUUUGUCACUGCCGUCAUGCUCUAUACGGACGCGUUGCAGCUCGAUCCCGGCAACUAUAUACUCUACAGCAAUCGUUCAGCGGCACGCCUCAAGCAGGGUCAGUUCGCGCUCGCACUACAGGACGCCACAAAGGCACGCGAAUUGUGUCCGCAAUGGCCGAAGGCGUACUUUCGGCAAGGUGUCGCACUGCAGUGUCUCGGCCGUUAUGGUGAGGCGUUAGCUUCAUUUAGCGCUGGUCUGGCGCAAGAUACACAACACAAGCAGCUGCUGGCUGGGCUGAUGGAGGCGUCGGUGAAGAGUCCCCUGCGUCAUGCGCUGGAGCCCACAUUUCAACAACUGCGCGCCAUGAAUCUAGACCAGUCACCAUUUGUGGUGAUAUCCGUAGUGGGACAGGAGCUGCUACAGGCUGGCCAAUAUCAUUCUGCAGUCACGGUGUUGGAAGCGGCUUUGCGUAUUGGUUCCUGCUCCCUAAAAUUACGAGGCUCUGUCUUCAGCGCCUUAAGUUCGGCACAUUGGGCGCUUAAUCAGUUAGAUAAGGCCAUUGGUUAUAUGCAGCAGGACUUAGCAGUGGCUAAAAGUCUUGGCGAUACGGCGGGCGAGUGUCGUGCACAUGGUAAUCUUGGUUCGGCUUACUUUAGUCAAGGUUCAUAUAAAGAAGCGCUCACGGCACAUCGUUACCAACUUGUGCUCGCGAUGAAGUGUAAGGAUACGCAAGCCGCCGCUACAGCGCUCACUUCAUUAGGACAUGUUUACACAGCUAUUGGUGAUUACCCCAAUGCCUUGGCCAGCCACAAACAAUGCGUGCAACUGGUGAAGCAGAUCGGCGAUCGCUUGCAAGAGGCACGUGAGAUCGGCAAUGUCGGCGCCGUUUACCUAGCAAUGGGUGAAUUCGAUUCGGCCGUUGAUUGUCAUACACAACAUUUACGGCUGGCGCGCAAGUUAGGCAAUCAAGUUGAAGAGGCGCGCGCUUACUCGAAUCUCGGCUCAAGUCAUCACUAUCGGCGCAACUUCGCGCAAGCAAUAACUUUUCAUGAACAAGUGUUACGUAUCUCCAAGCAGCUAGGUGACCGUAAUAUUGAGGCGCGUGCAUAUGCUGGGCUGGGACACGCGGCACGUUGCGCUGGUGACUGCGUGCAAGCGAAGAAAUGGCAUGAGAAGCAACUAGAAAUGGCGCUGGCUGCACGAGACAAAGUGGGUGAAGGUCGCGCUUGUUCCAAUUUGGGUAUUGUCUAUCAACUACUCGGCGAACACGAUGCCGCGCUUAAGUUACAUCAGGCUCACCUAACUAUCGCGCGGCAGUUACACGACCGCGCGGGUAUGGGUCGCGCUUAUGGCAAUAUUGGCAAUGCCUAUUCAGCCGCUGGACUCUAUGAGGCGGCCAUUAAAUAUCACAAACAGGAAUUGACGAUCAGUAAGGAGGUUCACGAUCGAAGCGCUGAAGCAUCCACACAUGGAAAUCUCGCAGUUGCGUACCAGGCUUUGGGAGCGCACGAUAUGGCGCUUAUGCAUUACCGCGCUCAUUUGAAUAUUGCGCGCGAACUUAAGGACACGGCUGGUGAAGCCUGCGCUCUACUAAAUCUAGGCAAUUGCUUCAGCUCACGCCAAGAGUUUGCUCAGGCGGUGCCCUACUACGAACAGUAUUUGAUGCUUUCACAGGAACUGGGCGAUGUGGCAGCUGAGGGUAAAGCAUGUCAUUUUCUGGGUUAUGUCCACUACUGCAUUGGUAAUUAUCGUGAAGCGGUGCGGUACUACGACCAAGACUUAGCAUUGGCGAAAGAUUUGCAAGACAAGAUAAAUAUGGGGCGCGCUUACUGUAAUUUGGGUCUAGCGCAUUUGGCUUUGAGCAAUACGCAAGCUGCUUUGGAGUGUCAAAAGUAUUUCCUCGCUGUGGCGCAUAUGACAAAUCAUCUGCCAGGCAAGUUUCGUGCGCUCGGCAAUAUCGGUGACAUAUUAGUGCGCACGGCUGAGUAUGAGGAGGCAGUUAAAAUGUAUCAACGCCAACUUACACUUGCGCGACAUGCACGCGAACGACCGCUUGAGGCCGCAGCUUGCGGUGCGCUCGGCUUAGCACAUCGUCUCAUAAAGAAAUUCGAUAAAGCGCUCGGCUAUCACACACAGGAGUUGGCGCUAAGGCAGGAGAUGUCCGAUUUACCUGGUGAGUGCAAAGCGCAUGGUCACUUGGGCGCCGUUCACAUGGCUUUGGGGAACUACCAACACGCGGUCAAGUGUUAUCAACAACAACUGGGACGUGCACAAGAACUGCAGGACUCCGGUAUCGAAGCACAGUCUUUCGGCAAUCUGGGCAUCGCCAAACUUAACAUGGGUCUAUACGAAGAUGCCAUCGGUUAUUUGGAGCAGCAAUUAGGCACCCUGGAACGCGUUAAUAUGCCAACUACGCAGCAUGAUCGCGCGCGUGCACUUGGUCAUCUGGGCGAUUGCUAUGAUGCCUUAGGGGACUUUGAAGAAGGCAUUAAGUGCCAUGAACGUCAUUUACAACUUGCUACUGCCCUGCAAAGCUAUCGCGAUCAGGAACGCGCCUACCGUGGUCUGGGUCACAGCCAUCGCGCGCUUGGUAAUUUGCAAGAAGCACUCGUUUGUUUAGAGAAACGGUUGGUUGUCGCGCACGAACUCGGUAGUCCUGAAGUGAAAGCAGUUGCGUACGGAGAUUUAGGAAAUAUACACUCGGCGCUAGGUAACUACGAACAAGCUGUCAACUGUUUGGAGCAUCAACAAGAAAUCGCGCGUGAGUUGGGCGAUCGCGCUUUAGUUUCGGAUGCCACUAGCGCCUUGGGUAAUGUCUAUCAACGUAUGAGCGAUGCCGAUGGCGCAUUACGUUUGCAUAAAAUGGAUUUGGAAAUGUGUGAACACUUGGGCGCUGGUGCGUUACAAGCGCGCGCUUGUGGAAACUUGGGCGCAGUUUACGAAUCCAUACGUAGCUUUGUCGAUGCAGUGAAAUUCUAUGAAAAGCAAUUGGCGCUGACAGCAGAUAGGCUCAGCAAGGCAUAUGCUUGUGGUUCCCUCGGUCGCGUUUUUCAUCAAAUGGGUCAGCAUCCGCAAGCCAUUAAUUUUCUGCGACAAGGUCUGUCGAUAGCACAAUCGAUCAACAAAUCGGAAGAGGAGGCCAAAAUAAGAUAUCAACUCGGUCUUGCUCUACGUGCUUCCGAUGACAACGAAGACGCGCGCACACAAAUGGAAACCGCUGCACAGCUGCUGGAGUCCGUGCGUUAUGAUCAGCGCAGUCCUGAAGGUCGCACAAGUCUUUUUGAUCUGCAAACGUCUUGCUAUCAUAUUCUACAACAAAUACUUGUCGCAACUCAACGCAGUGAAGACGCCUUGGUAGCCGCAGAACGCUGCAAAGCACGCACCAGCCCAGACACGAACAGCAUCUCUCGUAAAACAACCAUUACUUGCAGUGAAUCCAUUUAUGAUAUUGUUAAUCGUACCAAGACCAACGUACUAUACUUUAGUUUAGCCGGCGAUGAACUCUACGCUUGGUUCCUCCAACCACAGAAGGGAAUUGUACGUUUCCACGUAGUACACAUUAAUGAGGAGACUCUUAAGAUAUCUACUGAGAAGCUUACAGAACACUCAAAGAAUGCACAACAAAAAGGUAGUCUCCUGGAGCGCUAUAUUAACAUGGUGCGCGAUAAUUUGGGCGUCAACUCAGAUAGUGUUUUGCUAGAAGGCGAUGGUAGUGGGUGGCGAUCGAGUUCUGAAAAUCUACUUGAUGAUUUUGCCAACGAACGAAGUGGUUUCCUGCGUAUGGUCAAUCGUAACCACUUGAUGAAUUCGUCCAACUACUCCUUAAGUUCAUUAUUCAGUUUGGGCUCUGUGGGUGGUUCAGUGGCAAGUCUGCAAGGCUCUACACGCUCCGUAGGUAGUCUACAGGGCUCUACACGCUCGCGACGUGCACCUACUUUGCCCGCUUGGCAGGGUCCUACUUGCUUACAUACACUCUAUAAUUUACUCUUGGAGCCAUUCGACGACUUACUACCAUCAGGUUGUUCAGUUUCACGACAAGGGCGAAAAGAGCUCAUUUUGGUGUUGGAAAAUGAACUUUACCUAGUGCCAUUCGCCAUAUUACGCAGCUCCAAGGAAGAUGGCGAAUACUUAUCGGAACGUUGUUCAAUAAUUACGAUACCCUCGUUGCAAUCGCUCCGUUUGAAGAGCAAAAUUUUACGCACACGUGAACUUACGGAAAAUCUAAGCACCGCCUUGGUAGUCGGCGGUCCACGUAUACCUUCCGUACUAUCCGAAACUUGGGGUUGGUCGGAAUCACCUGCUUCGCUGCAAGAAGCCGCUAUGGUUGCUGAUAUGCUACAAGCCAAGGCCAUUGCGGGCUGCAAUGCGACCAAAGAAGCAGUUAUAUCUGAGCUACCAACUGCAGAAUGUGUACACUUUGCCGCUAACCUCAGCUGGAAACUGGGAGCGGUUGUGUUAAGCCCAGGCGAUGUAGUGGAUUCACAGACACAGAAACGUUAUUAUCAAUCAACAGCUAGUGCUGGCGCACAGGAGGAGGAAACUAAUGAACUAUCUGGUGGCAAUAUAGAGUUGCCACAACUCUCCGACUUUAUACUGUCCGCUGCAGAUGUGCUCACUAUGAAACUCAACGCUAAGUUGGUUGUGUUGAGCUCCUAUCACUCGAUUGAACCCAUCACUGGUGCAGGUGUUGCCAAUUUGGCGGGUAGCUGGUUAUGUGCUGGUGCUGGAGCUGUACUUAUAUCUCUAUGGCCAGUGCCCGAAACAGCUGCCAAAAUAUUAUUGCGCGCGUUUUACUCCGCGCUCUUACAAGGUGCACGCGCUGCUAGAGCUCUCGCCGAAGCCAUGCAGACAGUCCAACAUACUAAACAUUUUGCUCAUCCUGCCAACUGGGCUGGUUUCCUUCUAAUCGGUGGUAAUGUGCGACUUUCUAAUAAAGUGGCCAUGAUGGGAAAUGCAUUGUGUGAACUAAUGCGUACGCCUGAUAAAUGUCGCGAUGCGCUACGUGUCUGCUUACACCUGGUUGAAAAGAGCUUACAACGCAUACAUCGGGGUCAAAAGAAUGCAAUGUACACAACACAGAAGAGCAUUGAGAAUAAGGCAGGACCAGUGGGCGGUUGGAAAGAUCUUCUGAUGGCAGUAGGCUUUCGCUUUGAGCCUGCUGCUAAUGGCAUACCAUCAAGUGUUUUCUUCCCACAAUCCGAUCCGGAAGAUCGUCUUUCACAAUGCUCCGCUAGCCUACAAGCCUUGUUGGCACUGACGCCGCUUACUUUGCAAGCGUUGGCGAAGUUAGUCAAUAGCGCCGAUGUGGCAGAUGAUAUCAUUACACUUAUAAGAAAUGUUUUGGCGCAAUUUCCACCCAAAGGUGCCGCUGAAACGGAGGCUUGCAUAGAGAUACCCUUGAGUGUGCGCUUGUGGCGCGUGGCAGGUUGUCACGAGCUUUUGGCAUCCAUUGGGUUCGAUCUUACAGAGGUCGGUCAGGACCAAGUAACAUUACGUACAGGCAAACAAGCGAACCGGCGAAACUGUCAAUUUGUACUGCAAGCUUUGUUGGCGCUAUUUGACACUCAAGAGGCACCGAAAAGCUUAGGAUUGGACUCAUCCAGCAGCUGUGAAUCGCUCACUGAUGAAACACAAGCCGAAUUACAAGUAUCUGUAUCCAAUCCAGCGCUCGCGCUAACAUCAACACCUACAGCAACUACUUCCCACCUUUCGGCAGAUUCCACCAAACCCAUGGGACUGGGUUUGCAACUGCCACCACUUAAUCGCACUCGCGUAAUUAGCAGCAGCGGCAGCGCCUUUAUAUCGUAUGUACGCCGACGUGGUGAACCCGAUGGUGGACGCACUGACACAGAAUCUAUACCAAGCGCGCCAGACAGUGCUGGUUCAGCACUAUAUCCCACGCAGGAUUCUAGCUUGGCCAACACUACUGACAGUGAACUAUCAGAUGGUUACAUCUCGCAAGCGCAUAUUAAUAAAACCACAGGACCUCGUUUAGGUUAUUCCAGCUUACGUGCACCCGUACGCGUAUCACGUCCUGGUGGUGGUGGUGAAAGUGAUGCCGCAUUUACUCCCAGCCCUCCCGUGACUACACAAAACCCAGUGGAGCAAAAUGUAUCUAUGGCGUUAGCACACCAAACUCGUAUACGUAAUCUUUAUUCAAGCGCAGGUAUGAACUAUUUAGGUGAUAGUGUCAUUCCAGAAAUGAGUGUUGUGCCAAGUGGCAUUUCUCGACGUCCAGACAGCUCCAGCUCGGCAAGUUCCACAACCGACUGGGAAAUAUCGGGGCAUGCAACGGUCUUACGACGUAACAAUCAACCACCUCCGCAUCCUGGACAUAUGCCUCCACUGCCACCACCUAGACAAAACCUACCGUUGGUCGACAGUUUACGACCUGUGCCACCAAUGGCGCCUGUCUACAAUAACCUUGGACCCACUACAUCGUUGGUCGGUCCCACCAUGUUAUCAGCUAACUUGGAAUCUACAAGCUCUGAAUCAGAAAUUGAGCGUGGACUUGAGUUAACUCAGACGCCGAUGUCACACUUCCGUCUUAAACCUAAAAUAAAACUGGGUAACGCACAGUCAUCAGUGGCUGCACGUCUUAGCAAAGAGCAUGCGCUCUUCAUGGAUCGACUUAAUAUACGUACAGAAGCUCCUACGAAUAUGAAUGCGAACCACCAAGGUGCUUCAGGCACAGCCAACGCACUUGCUGGUAGUCGCAAGCCUUUAAGUCUGCCCGAAGAAGACGAUAAUGCGCUUAUUGUAAACGCAUCCAACCUUUACUUCUCUCAAGCCGAUACCGAGCUGCUAAACGAGGCAAAGAAAGACCUCAAAUCAGUAGCCACAAAUGCUACGACGGCAAUAAGCAAUCAAAGUGUUGCAUCUAAAGAUGCGAGCAAAGUGAAUCAGAAGAGUAUACAAGACUCAAUAAUGCGGCAUAUGAAUCGUGAAACUCCCACCAUCUCGGAGGUAUACCAUGAACGUAAUCUGGGUCUAGGCCUAGCGCCACCACUCUCCAAAUUACUGCUAAGCAAGAACUACGACGAUGAGCCCAGUGUGAGUAGCAGCAGUAGCAAACUCAGCAAUACUUGCACCAUAAAAAGUAUUGUUGAUGCUGUCAAUGAACUGGAACUCAGCGGCACCUCUUCCUCAUCAUCAGUGAGCACAGCUAAUACGAAAACUAUGAAUAUACCACCACACAACACAGCCAAUAAUAACACCAACCCGACUAAUGCCAACAGCAACUGUGCCGCUAUUAAUACAAGCAGCAGCAACAACAAUGGAAAUGUGCACAAUACCGUCGCAACCACAAAAGAGACUUGCUCCAUUUGUGGUGAACCCGCAGACAUCAUUUGUCGUUGCAAAGCGGCCACGGUACAAAAGAAAGGCACGCUCAAACCCUGGCUAAGCAAUGUGCCUUCGAGUAUAGUGAAAGCCAGUGAACUCACCACCGCCGAUAUAUUAGAACGACAGCAUAAGAUCAAAAUGAAUGUUGGCACGAUCAAAACGAAAGCCGAAGUAGUCACAAAUAUGACUAUGACAAAUGUAAAACGCGCCAGCAGCCCCUUCAACGAGUUCUGCCGUCGGGAUGAGGGUGAUGGCAGAUCCGUGGCAGACUCGCAAUGCAGCAGUACGUACAAAACGGCGGCGGCGGUGUUAGGUAAUAAUGCUAAUGGAAAUGGUGGCACAGUGAGUAACAAAGAAAGUGCAAAAAGUACUACUCAAACCGGAGGCAGUGGUGUGCUGGGUAGAAAGAUGUGAACAAGUAUGAAAAAUAAGGUCGCGUCUACUAAAGCGUAGAUCAAUAAUUAUCUAAGAAGUAUUUUUAAUCAUAAAUAAGAUAUUAUUACAAUUAAUGUUUUCAAUUUGUUAGUAAAAUAGUUAAAACUCUUUAAAUAUUUCUAAAGGAUAAAAAGAAGAGAAGUGUAUUUUACUAGAAGUUGUACAGUUUCAGGCUUAGAAUACAUAUUUCUUAAACUUAAGCUGUUUUUUGACUAUCAUACAUUAAACUUGCCGUAUCUUUUACAUUAUUUUUAUGUAAGUAUUAUUUUGUCUGUAUUGAUUUUGAACUAAAAGACUCAAUUGUGUAUU